UUCACCCUGACGGCGGUGCGGAGGGUCUCCUCGGUGUAAAACGUCACCGUCUCCUUCAUAUUUUGUCAUUUUUCCAUCUGAAAUCGUUGAUCGUUUCCCUCCAUCAUGGCGGCCGCUGUCCGCGUUCUUCCCGCCGUCACGUUCGCGCUGUUGUCUUGCUUUCCCGCCGCGGUGUCCUCGCGCAGAGACGUGCUCGAGCUCGGUGACGCGGACUUCGACUACCUGGCAACGGAGCACGAGACCAUGCUGGUGAAAUUCUACGCUCCAUGGUGUGGUCACUGUAAGAAGUUAGCUCCAGAGUUUGAGAAAGCAGCGACCAGACUGAAGGGAACCGUCCAGCUAGCAAAGGUGGACUGUACCGCUCACUCAGAGACCUGUGGUCGUUUCGGGGUGUCUGGUUAUCCCACUCUGAAGAUCUUCAGGAAUGGAAAAGACUCCGCCCCAUACGACGGACCUCGCACUGCAGAUGGGAUCUAUCAAUACAUGAAGAAGCAGACCGGUCCAGACUCAGUUCACCUGAAGACUGAAGAAGACCUGCAGACCUUCAUCAACCACUAUGAUGCCAGUAUCAUCGGUGUGUUUUCAGGUGAAGACAGGUCUCACCUGUCAGAGUUUCUGAGAGCUGCAGGUCUGCUGAGAGAACAGUUCAGAUUCGCUCACGCUACCGAUCUGAAGCUGGGGAAGGAGUACGGCGUUAACUCUGAGUGUGUGUUGUUGUUCAGACCUCCCAGACUGACCAAUAUGUUUGAGGACAGCGUCGUCGUCUUCACAGAUUAUCUGACCAUCGGAUCUCUGAGACGCUUCAUCAGAGAUCACAUUUACGGUCUGUGUCCUCACAUGUCUGCGGAGAACAGAGAUCGUCUGAGAGUUCGUGACCUGCUGACAGCGUACUACGACAUCGACUACCAUCACAACACCCGUGGGUCCAACUACUGGAGGAACAGGGUGAUGAAGGUGGCGUCUAAAUACACUGGGCGGGGCCUGACGUUCUCAGUAGCCAAUAAGAAGGACUUCCUGUCUGAGCUGGAGGACGACUUCGGUCUGGGGAUGUCAGACGGAGGAGAGCUGCCAUUCGUCACGAUCCGGACCAAACUGGGCCACAAAUACACCAUGAGAGAGGAGUUCACGAGGGAUGGUCAGUCCUUGGAGAGGUUUCUAGACGAUUACUUCGCAGGUCGACUCAAACGUUACGUCAAGUCUGAACCUGUACCUGAGAGAAACACUGCUGCUGUCAAGGUGGUUGUUGCCGAGUCUUUUGAUGACAUCGUCAAUGAUCCAGAAAAAGACGUUCUGAUCCAGUUUUACUCUCCGUCCUGUCCACACUGCAAGAAACUGGAGCCGGUCUAUACAGAGCUGGCUGACACGCUGUAUCAGGAUUCGAACAUCGUGGUCACUAAGAUGAACGCAGCAGAUAACGACGUCCCGCCGGGUUACGACGUCCACGGGUUUCCGACCAUUUAUUUCGCUCCAGCGGGUAAAAAGGACGAGCCCAUAAGAUACGAGGGGGGUCGAGAGCUCAAAGACUUCCUGAAGUUUCUGAAGCGUGAGGCGAGUCACAGUCUGGUGUUCAGCGGGUCGAGGGACGAACUCUGACACAUUUUCAUCCACCAAUCAGGACUGACUACAGGGACACAACCAGCUGGUCUCCAUGACAACGGACACGUAGAGAGAGGAGGGGACACAGUCCUGAUCCUGCUGACAGACCAGGGGUCUCAUUUAUAACCGUUACGCACAAAACGGGGGCUGAAAGAGGCGUCCGCCGCUUCCCGCGCAAUCGCUGUGAUCUAUAACAACAAACCUGACGGCGAACGUGCGCGCCUGUACGUAAACUCUGACCCGUGCGUUCGCACACUUUGGAGACGGGAAACUGGCGACGCAGAUGCUGAGGUGGUGAAUUGAAGCCUCUCACGCAUUUAAUUGAACUUAAUAUGAAACGUUAGCAGGCACGGGCCUACACGGUGAUAAGGUAGAAGAAGAAGUUCUUCUUCUCCUGCUUGUUUGUUUGUGUAACCUCCACCUCACGAGCUCUGCCACCUCUGCGUCAGAAACUGUCCGUUUUUCGUCUUCCUCUCGGCUGCUGUUGCCAUGGUAAGCAGGCUCGUUUAUAUGCGUCGGUAUUCACGUGGUGCUCUGCGUUGACCGUCUACGGUUGAGUGUGGGCGUGUGGAGGGCGGGGUGAGAGGCUGAUCCACCUGCGCACCUGUGGACUGACUUAUAAAGGGAAAGUCGCCUGCAGGUGUGCGGUGCCAUUUUCGGCUUUUGUGCGCACGUACACUUUUAGUAAGGAUCCCACGCACUGUUUUAUAAAUGAGACCCCAGGACCUGAACCUGGACCUGAGACAGGAAGGGAUGGUCAGCUGCUGCACUGCUGAGUCCAAUCAGAUUCUCCCGUUAUUGUCCGUCGUGAUGUCACACAUGGCAUCAGCAGGCUGCCUGCUGAUUCAUUAGAAAACAGGUUUUUAUUUAUUUUGAUAUUCUGUUUGGAGACGUGUCGUGGCGGAUUAAGGGGCCGUGGUCGCUGCUCACCAACUUGAGGAUGUUGAAAGGCACUCUGGGAAACGUAGUCAAUCAGUAAUGGCUGAUACUGAAUAUUUGAGGCCGACACCAAUAACAAUAAAUCAGUUCAUAUUCGUUUUUUAACAAGCACAUAAAGAAUCCCUCAAUGAACGUGUUUAUUUGUUUGUAUUUGUUCCGUAGUGUUUGUGACAUUUUACGGUUAAAAUAAACGUAUCGGCGCUCUGGUGGACAAACUAUUGCAGACGCUGGAUCUCAUGCAUGAAACGCUCAGGUUUCAGUAUUUGUGUUGAGUUACAGUCGGGAAACAGAAGACAACCUGAAAUACCAGGUAGGAGUUUUAGCCCGGAGGUUACCUGAUGUCAGAAGAUGCACACGCUGUAAAAUAACUUCACUUCUGAAAUCUACGACAGAACGAAACGAACACCGUCCGUAAUCUGCUUUAUUUCAGGUUUCAAGGAUCAGAGCUCUCCUGUCGCCUUUAGUUCAAACCGAUGAUCAUUUUCAUUAUUGAUUAAUCUGUCAAGGAUUUUUGAUUUGUUGUUGCGUCUUUAAAAUGUCAGAACGUCUGUUUCUCAGUUUUUACUUGACUGUUGAAUCUCUUUUCAGAGAGGAACUUAAAGUAGUUCAGCUACCAGGAAUUUCAUGCACUGUUUUUUUAUUUUAUGCACAAAAAUAAUGCAACGUAUUUAUUGAUUUCAUCAUCUGUGGAAACGACAAACUUUUUUUCUUAUUUAUUUAUUUGAACGUUAGCAGAGCCUCUUUGUACAUUUUGUGACAAACUGAUGCGAAAAUGUUC